AUGUAUGUGAAAUGGUUUGAUACAGUAAUGUUUUACUAUGUGAUUUUAGUGAAUGUCACUUUUUGUCAUUUUCAAAUUUCCCGCCGUUCCGUCCCCCGUACGUCCCGACGCUCACAGGGGACGGAACCCAGAUGACAGAUGCCGGAAUUGGCCAGAUUACAUUGCAGGAGGGACAUUGCAGGAGGGACAUCGCGGGGAGCGCAGGACAAGGUAAGUGAUCGAGGGAUCGCGGAGCAUUGCCGCAUGGUAAGCCCGAGUGUAGCUCGGGGUUACCGCUUAUGCUACACUCGGGAAUACCGCCAGGGAGGUUAAG